CCACCGUUUGGUUCAUUGUCAUUCUCCUUGUUGUAGCAGAAUGUCGACGUCGGUGGAGUUGCGGCGGCGGGCCCGAAGGCUAUGAAGAAUUGGCCAUGGCUGAGCGUGCAGACCUACGGUGGGAGCGAAAUUCGAAGGAAAUGAGAUUAACUACACCGAGCGCUACAGACUUUAUGGGCGGAUAGAUGUUUGAUUGUCCUGAAUGUCUGCUGUAGGAUGCACGUAUCAGUACUUCAGGUUAACCUUUUCUCGGCAAUGGAAUCACUAGAAAGGUACGUCAGAAACUUGUAGAUUACAUGCCGAGGCUCAACAGGAUCUGAGUACGUAAGCAAGGUACUAUGAUCUCACCUCAUUCAAUUUCUUGAAAUUUUAAUGGCCUCCUCAAGAAUUUACUGCGAAUUUUUUCUGAAUGUUUCUCGAACAAACUCUAUCCAUGUGGUAGAACUCCACGGCUUCGCGGAAACUAGUGCAUGGAUAUACUGCGGAGAAUUUAGCCUCGGAUCUUUUGAUCAAUGUGAAAUUUUCCUCUUUUCGGAUGAUAUGACGCUCAUAAACCGUAUCUGAAUGUCGAUACUGAUGACGCGCGAUAUGUUGGGAAAUUCUGACACUAAUUUCCUAUUGCCAGUCACUCGAUACCUUUGUCUGGUGCCAUUGUCGGUGGUCAUGGAAAAAGGGACUGACAUCUUUCAUGAUUGCCAUGACCAGAAAGAGCACAGUCAAAUGACGUCCUAUUGUCUAUACCGUAGUCGUAAUAUCUGGACAAACCCGUAGAUACAGGGAAAAAGUGCAUUUCUGAAGAACUCUCGUGUACUUAUACUAUGGCAUUAAAGGUAUAAACUCGACAAAGAUAUGACAGCUGAAGAGUCAAAGGCGUUCGUCCAGGGAAACCUGUAAAAGUCGACCAAAUGGCUGAUGAAAACUCCAACCGCGACCCUCGCAAGGGAAAGGAGAGGGCAAUGAGUGGGGAUGGGGACACCAGACCCAGAUCGAACUCGGCGCUUCGAAGAGCGUCUGAGAGUUCAAAUAGUGGAAUUAUGGGAGAUGUACAACCUGCAAGCCUUGAAAUGAACUCUCUAAUGGUCACUUUACGAAACCGAGGCUCCCAAGCGAACAAAGCUCUCGUGGGUGCCAACCCGUGGACGCAACAAUCGGCGGAGCAGCUAAGGCUAGAGAACAUGCAACAGGCGAUGCAGGCCUCGCGGGUAGAUCAGGCCAUCAGGCAGCAUCCUAAUAUCCAGGCAGCAAACGUGCUCGCUCGACCCGUGGGGGACGUCGGUGCUUCCACAUCGGCUCGGAGAGAUACGCCUGCACCGUGGCUGAUUCAUUUGACAGCCGCAGCAUUUUCCAGAGCAGAACCAAAAGCUCCAGAUAUCUCCUCGAGGAGUCCAGCACGAGAGCUUCAAGCGCUCCACUUACCGAGAGCAUGUGAGAACGAUACUCUGGUGACCCCUGAAAUUGCGGCGUUCAUAAAAGAGCUCAGAGAGGCGCUGACAGAUGACGAAGGAAAUAUAUUACCGAGAGGCCUGGCGGCUUUGUACAGAGAGAGAAUCGUCAACGACGAGGAUGAAGUGGAGCCGUCCGUGGUCCACUGGUUUGAGAAAGCCGGCGUGCCGCUCAGAUGGGACAGAUUUGGGUAUAGAGCAUUCAUCGGCUACGAACCUCAGCCACAUCCGGAUCGAAGUCCACGAUCUGAGGAGGAAGUAGAUGAACGAUUAUUGGACGUAUGCAACGAUGCAGAGAGUCCCCCUAUGAACAGAUAUGUGAAAAACCUCAGAGCAACCAUGUUCGAUCGGGACGGGAAUUGGAAGCUCGAGAAUUUUGAGAAUCUGCGCAAGGACGGGCUAUUCGACGACGACCACGUCAUUCCGCCCGACAGGGUUCAAGACCUGUUGGAUGCGGGCAUUCCUCUGGGCUCCGAUGCGGAGGGACGCAGGUACCUUGCUUAUUACUGUGGCCUGACCUGCGCGAGAACUGCAGGCCUGGGGCAGGGGUUCAACUUCUGGCGGAAGAAGAGGGACAGCAGCCGGUCAGGGGCGGUCCACCCGUCCACUUACAGGGGAGCCAGGCUACUCCUGGAGCUGCCACCUCCGCCCGACAAUCUUGACCUGGCACAUCUGGAUCACAGAACGAGAUAUUAUAUUUGUCUCCUGAAGAGGGGCCUCAUCGACGAAAAAGGACAAAUCAUCGCCGGGGGCAUAACGGAGUUGCGUCGAUGUUGCAUUGUCAGCGAGGACGGGAGAAUUACGCCGUCCUUCAUUCCCUGGCUGCGGGCUGCGGAAGUCCCGCUGGUUACUGAUACCGUGACCGGGGCCGUCCGCGUGAACGAUGAUGCUGCUCGCAUGGCGGAUCUCAGCAUGCAAGAGCAAGGAGAGGAUCGGCCCGACCCGCCCUCUGCCCUGAACUUGUUGUCUGAAGUCUGCUCGCAAGCCGCUAGAAUUUCCAUAAGCGGUCCACGUCAGCGAGCUAUAGUGGCCAACGUGGCACCGAACCCAGCUGACCAGGCGGGAACCGGAGCGGCUCAGCGGCUCAUGAACCCGAUCGCCGCGGAGGCUCUCGACCGGGUAACGGUGAGAGCUCGCGGUAGACAGUGGAGAGAUCCCGGGCAGCCUGCUGCAGAUCCGAUGGACGUGGAGCAGGCUGAUACCUCAGCCAGCGGAAAUGAGCGCCAGCGGAACCCGGUUGCUGCCCAGCCUCGUCAGCAAACCACCGCAGCCCGGCCGCAUACAACACCGGGUCCAGGCGACUCAGAAAGAGUAGGUCCGGCGAGAGAGCGGUUUCUGUUCGGCCCGGACGUCCCCGGCGGCCCGAGCGGAGCCGAGGCUGCGGGCGGGCCGGACGGAGGGGAGGAACCCGAGAGGGACACGGUGCAGGCGCAACGGGCGGAGGCUGAUCGCGUCCAGCUCCUGCUCCAGCAAAUGGACAUUCUGGACGCACAAGUCCGGAGGGCGACGGGAAGAGGCGCACCCGUCGUGCGAAGUCCGGGUCCACCGGCGACCCAAAACGCCGGGCGAGGAAGAGCUCCGGAUAGGCUCGUCGUAGCACAGGUCGCACCGGGAACUGCAGUCCAGGCCGGCGGACAAUCUGAGAAUCGGCGCAUUCGAAAACGUUCGGAAGAUUUCCCUCAACCACCGGCUCAAUUUCGUCGACUGGAUGAAGCCGGUCAAGGUGUGGGCGUCGACAGAGGUCCUGCGGCUAGAGGAGAUCAAGGCCCUGUUAGAGGAGAUCCUGCGGGCAGAGGAGGAGGUCCUGUAGUGUUUAGAAGAGGUCCUCCGGGCAGAGGAGGUCAGGCAGGUGGUAGAGGUAGAGGACGUGGAGGAGGUGGAGCACGGGGAGGUUGGCGUGCAGGUGGUGGUUUAGGAAGAGGAAGAGGACGAGGAGGACGUGGUGGGGAUGACGGGGCGGGUCCAGGACGUGGUGGAGGGUACCAAGGAGAAGGACAGGGACGUGGUAGAGGAGGCGAGGGAGGUGGUCAUGAAGACGACGGCGAGACUGAUGCCGACGUUGAGGGCUACGGCGGGGACGACGAGCCGCUCGACACUCAGAGCCAGGGGCUACACGAUGCUCGAGGCACUGCAAGCGGUCCUGGGGGUCCAGUAGAUGACGACAGCGACGAGGACAACGUGCCGCUCGCAAUUCGUAUGCAGAGGCUGGCUCGUGAACGCGCUGCAAGAGGUCCUGCGGGUCGAGGACGAGGAGGAGGAGGAGGUGGUGGAGGAGGAGGAGGUGCGAGUCCUGGUGCUGGAGGAGGCAGGGGAGGAGGGGGUCGAGGUGGUGGAGGAGGUGGGAGUCCUGGUGGUGGAGGAGGAGGUAGAGAUGUCGACGGCGAGACGGAUGGCGACGUUGACAUUGAUGGCGACGAAGAAGACGAAGAGCAGCGAAAAGUGAGACAAGAGCAGGACAUGGCGGCCCUUGGAGUUAAUGAGGAGGAAUUUGAGCAGAUGGACGCAGACGAUGAUGUGAUUCACUUGGGAAGUGCUGAUCCACCUGUACCUAGAAUUGUCGGAUGGGGAAAAUUUAUCGUGAGAAAUCCAGAUUAUGUUCAAGUCGAUCAUCUACCACCUGCAAUAAGAAACCAGAUCCCGAAUCGCCCAGAUCCACAGAUUGCAUGCAAUCCAAAUUUUCCCGCAUGGUCUGAUCGGCUUCAACCUCGAUGGGUUAGCGAUGUUGGUGUCUUAACGAUACGCAUGGUGUCUGAGAUGUUUCCCAUUAACACGAUCAUAUCACUUAAACUCCUUCGAAUUCUCGUAAUUGCAAGGAAAAGUAUUAGCAAUCGUAAGCAGCUUUACAGAUGCAGAUUAAAUAUUCACUUGAAAAACAGUGGAAUUUGCGUUUCAAUUCGGAACACCAGAGACGAGGCCUGUCCAUGCUGGGGCGUACAAAUCGGCCAAAACCGAUAUGAUAAACAAGGCCCAAUUCUUUACAAGCGGGCUGUCACAGCGAUAGUAUGUGAUUUUAUUCGUGGUACUCCCCAGCAUCCGCCACCAAAAUUGUCGGUUGAACAUAAGAGCUUGUAUUUUUCGUUGAUGUACCAUCAAGGAACUAGGCCACCAAAUCUUCCAGAUAUGGGCCAACAGUACCACUGUCAGAUUAGCCCAGAGAUGUUGCAGGACUUUGCUCGUGGAACAGGGCUUGACCUCGACUUGGUUCUUAGAUACAACGAACUUUGGGCACAUAUUAUAUAUCAGCUGAUAACAUUGUCGCAAGCGGUGUUAUUAUUGGAAACUCAAAUGAACUACAACACCCUUCAAGCGAAUUUCUCUGAAAUCCAGGAUUACAUGGACAGCAUCGGAGAAAUAAACAGUUACCACGAAUUCCCGCUAGAAUCGCGGCUGGAAUGGUCUCUCAUAGCGGAAGAACUAGGAAUGAUGCCAAUAUUCACUCAAAUAAUGGAUUGGUAUGUACAAAGACACGCGAUAGAGAGGGGCCGUUUGGAGUACAGAAGACAGUUUGAUGCGGAGCGAGAGCAUACAGUGUUACUCUCAGCUGAACGAAUAUAUUAUGAGUUAUGCUACGAUGAUCGCUAUCCGCGAACACUACUGCCCCCUCCGCCUGCUCCGGGAGAACAGCCUACAACGGGCAUAUAAAAAUCCGAAGCGGCCCGAGGUAUAAAUUCUGGCCGAUCCAAACCCUCAUCAUGUUCUACCUCUCCAGAAAUCCCAUCUUUAUGCAGACGGUAGUCAGCAUCUUUUGUCACUUGCUGACAGCAUUCCGAACCUACUGCACAUACUGCUUGAUCUGAAUCCUCCUAAUCUUCAGUGAAGGUGGUGCUACUUGAUUUUGUGAACAGCUACAUAAAGGUCUGUUGGUUGUCUUUUUCUGCUCAUUGUUCGUGAGCCACUGGAAGAAGCAGCACAAUACAGUCCGAGCAAGUUGCUUUCCUUCAUCCGAUCCAUUCUCAGUCUUUGCAGCUAAUGUUCUGACUAUAAGAUUCACCGAGCAGUUUUUGCAUAUCGAAGGAAUACCUGAUGAGCUCAAACUCCCCGAGAUUUCACCUCAGGCCACCGAGCUGGCUUCCACAUCGAGGAAACCUUGGUUGUUUUCUACUUCCUGGGAGCUUCAGGCUACGCCUCGAUGAAAUAGGUACAUCUCUUCACGGACUAGGAACUACAAAACAGACUAAAUAUCUUCAUCUGUUCGAUUACCUCACUUGACCUGCUUCAGUAACAAUUCUAGCUGUAGGCAGGCAGACCUUUUAGAUUCUCUAUCGUAGACUGUUUUUGACCUGUUUUUGCAUAAUAACUCUAAAGCACUUGAGAUUCCUUAAAGAUAAGUCUGAUUUAUUCAGGGUCAUGGAUAAAGAUAA